AAACACCAAGAAGAAGAGCAGAGACGGGACAGAAACUUACAGCCGCUCAAAGAGAAGAAAGGACGUCGGAGUUUAUUAUUUGUUUUGUUUUUAGUUGUGGCGUGCAUUUAAAAUUGUUCAUGAAGAACGACUUUUUUAAACCUUCUUUUUAAAAUUGAAGCACCGUCUUUAUCGCUCCUUCAGUCACCGAAGAAAUUUGGAGUACUUUGAACAUUAAAAAAAACGUAGGUGAUCUGCUGUGCAGCUGAGCUGAUGGCGGUGCUUUGAUGGUGACGCCACAGGAAAGUCCUCACACUUUCUUCACUGAGAAAGCUUCACAGAUGUUCUCAUUGGGUCAGGAAAACAUCUCCACCUCCAAGGUGUCCACCAAAGCACCAGUCAAAUAUGGCGAGCUCAUCGUGCUGGGAUGUAACGGCUCUCUGCCCGGUGGCGAAAAAGGGAGGCAGAAAAGUCGCUUCGCGCUGUGUCGUAGGACCAAGGCCAACGGCGUGAAGCCCAGCACAGUUCACACAUCCAGCACGCCACAGGCUGUCAAGGCUGUCAGCAACAAGGAGCAGCACAGUAUUUCAUACACUCUCUCGCGAGUGCAGACGGUGGUGGUGGAGUACACACAUGACAGCAACACCGACAUGUUCCAGAUCGGUCGUUCCACAGAGAGUCCUAUUGACUUCGUGGUGAUUGAUACAUUGCCUGGAGGGCAGAUCCUCACUGACAACCAAACCACUCAGAGCACCAUCUCCCGCUUCGCCUGCCGCAUCAUCUGCCAGAGAAACCCUCCCUUCUCUGCUCGGAUCUACGCUGCAGGCUUCGACUCCUCCAAAAACAUCUUCCUCGGGGAGAAGGCAGCCAAGUGGAGGAUGCGGGACGGUCAGAUGGAUGGACUGACCACCAACGGUGUGCUGGUGAUGCAUCCUCACAACGGCUUCAGUCAGGACUCCAAACCCGGUUUGUGGAGGGAAAUCUCUGUGUGCGGCAAUGUCUUUGCGCUCCGGGAGACCAGAUCAUCACAGCACAGAGAGAAGAUGGUGGAGUCAGAGUCCAAUGAGCUGGUGGACGGCUCACUGAUCGACCUCUGUGGAGCCACCCUGCUAUGGCGCACGGCGGAGGGACUUGCCCUCACCCCCACCAUCAAACACCUGGAGGCGCUGCGGCAGGAACUCAACGCCGGGCGUCCGCAGUGCCCCGUGGGUUUCAACACUUUGGCCUUCCCCAGUCUACGACACAAGGCCGUGGUGGUGGAGAAGCAGCCCUGGGUGUAUCUGCGCUGUGGCCACGUGCACGGGUACCACGGCUGGGCGGGGCGCCGCAGCCCUGCGGAUGAGGCGGAGCAUCAGGAUUGGGAGUGUCCCAUGUGUCGGGCGAGGGGGCCCUACGUGCCGUUGUGGCUCGGCUGCGAGCCGGGCUUCUACGUGGACGCGGAGCCCCCCACCCACGCCUUCGUCCCGUGUGGACAUGUCUGCUCUGAAAAGACAGCGGCGUACUGGAGUCAGAUCCCGCUGCCGCACGGCACGCAGGCCUGCCCAUUCUGUAUCCAGCCGCUGAGCGCCGACACGCCCUGCAUCAGACUCAUCUUCCAAAGCCCGCUGGACUAGAAAACUCCUGUGACUUCACAGCAUUAACCAACAAAGGGAGGGGGCUGUAACUUAAGUAAACCUUUUUUUUAAAUUUCCAAAUAAGUGCAUUCAUCUGGUAGAUUCCUGACAGAUUUUUUUGUACUUCUAUUUAACUCAGUUUGCAGGUGGAAGCCCUUUUGGCAAAAGUUGUAGUUUAAUUCCUCUAUUUAUUCUUGUGCCUCUUUAGUGAAUCGGUUCAACAGCAGGAAAGUUGCCUGUGUUUUUCCUAAACAUCUGACAAAAUCUAUUUUCUGGACAACACUGGAGUGUCAAAAAAUGUGAAAUGUAACUCAAAACUCUGGGAUCUUCUUUCUCUGAAAUCAGGUAAACUGUUGCCUAAUCUGUCUAUUCAUUUUGACCUUAAUUCAUAUGAAAAGUGCAUUAUGGGAAACUUGUGAAGCUGCUUGCGACUGGAAGUAUCUGAAAAGGAGUUUUUUUGUUUCUUCCAACCAAAUCAAAAAUGUAAAAGGUGUUUUAAACAAGCAUUGUUUAGUUUUGAACUCUGUAUAGUGUUCUCUAGUAGCCCCCAUGAGGUCAUUCCUGAUACUCAUCUUCAUUUAACUGUGACUGUUUCUUCUCUAGAAGUUCAGCUUUUUAAUAAAGUAAGAUAGAUUGUUUUUUUUUAACUAAACAGGCACCUCUUGACCUAACCACUAGUUAAUGGACUUUUUUGUCUUUUUGUCAUUUUAAUGCGUUUAUGUAUGACUCUUGGUUUGUUAUCACAGCUAUGCAGUUUUGCCUCAGACUGUUUUUGUACCAACGGAAAACAAUAAAAAACACUGCUGAGGUUUUGA